CUCAUGCCCUUAUAUCUUCUUUCAAAUCUUUCUACUUAACCUUGUCAAGUCAUUUGAAAAAUUUGAGAGAAGAAUUUUAUAUGAAUGUAACACUGCUGCAAAAUUUUUCACAAAAUACACAUAUAGCUUGGAAGUAAACUGUGGUUAAGUCCACUUUAACUAUGGUUAAGAGCUAUAUAAACCCACACUCCACUGUUUUUGAAUAUAGCAUCGUGUUUGCCUUCUUACCUGGGUCACCUGCAAUUUUUGCAAAUCGCAAGCCUUUCACUACCUCUUUCAAGUAGUUUCUCUCUCUGUAUAAUAUAUACAUGUUUAACAACUUUAGUUCAGUUUCUUGGUGCUCAAAGAGAACUGUUUAAUGAAGAUCAUAGGCAGCUCUGAGAAAGCUAUUUAAUGCAUAUGGAUUAGCUUAUGUUGGUGGGUUCGAGAACUUAUCAUUGCCCAGAAACAAAAAAUAGUCUUUGUAGCUUGAGAAAUGAGUGGGAGGACUCAGAUUUUCACAAAAAAAUAAAUUUUUUUUUGCAUCUUUUGUGAUUAUUUUGACGGGAAGUUAGUGGGUAGUGUGAACUGAUCUUGGAAAUCCUCGGUUUGGACUUGAACUUUGAUCUGAUUUGAAGAGUUUUGAGUUCUUUGGUAGUGUUUUCCACAAGCUCUCUUCAGCAUGCCUUUCUCAGAGUUUUAUGGAAUGGCUAGUGGGAAGCUUGAAUCUGCACAACAGAAAACAACCACUUGUUUGACUGAUCUAUCUCAUGUACCUCAUAAUGAGUUUGUUGAAUUAGUGUGGGAAAAUGGUCAGAUCAUGAUGCAAGGCCAGUCCAGUAGAGCUAGGAGAAGCUCUACUACCAAUAAUUUGCAAUCUCAAACACCGAAACUUCAAGAUAAAGAUCUAGUAAAAAUGGAUUCUGUUUUGAAUUAUUUUACUACAGAGUCACCGUCUGGGGAGAUGGGAUUGGGCCAAGAUGAUGACACGGUGCCUUGGUUGAACUUUCCCAUUAGUGAUUCUCUACAACACGAUUACUACUCCGAAUUAUUGCCUGAAUUAUCUAGUGUUACUGUAAAUGAGAAUAGUUGUAACCAGUCAAUUAGGGGUUCUCAUAGUGUUUCUUUAGGCAAUGACUUAAGUUUAGAGCAAGCUAAUGCAUCCGAGGUUCGUUCUUCAGAAAUUGAAGAGUCUUCAAGAGCAAGGAGUGGUCAAUUCCAUGAUCCAUGGUUAUUCCAGGAAAAUCAAACUUCAAUUCCAUCUCUUAGAUCAAAAGUUUCGGGUAUUAUUAGCAACACCAGCUGCAAUAACAAGCGUGAUGCUAUCAUAGUGCAACCUAAUUUGUCGAGAAGGCCUAACACUAGCUCCAGUUUUAUGAACUUCCCUCAUUUCUCUAGACCUUCCACUCUUGUCCGAGCUAAUCUUCAAACCAUUGAUGCUAUCACCAGUCCAGGUACAUCGAAUGUAGAACCAAUGGGAGGUAAGAAUAAGGGUAAUGACCCAUGUAGUGGGUAUUUUGCCCAAUCCGCACUUUUUGAUUUUAGUAGUGGUUUAAGGAAGGAAAUGGGCACUCAUAGCCAACCUAAUUUAGAUUCAGAACCAGUAAUGGCUAAGCGACUUGAGGAGUCACGUACUGCUGAACAAUCUAAUCCUGUUUGUCGAGAAGAUGCUGCAAAGAAUGUCGAGUUGCCAAAUCAAGUUCGUGGUGAAAAGACUACGGAGCCCGUUGUUGCUUCUUCAUCUGCGUGUUCUGGCAAUAGCGCAGAGAGAGCUUCUAAUGAGACGCAUAAUUUGAAGCGAAAAUGUAGUGAGAAUGAUGACUCUGAAGGCCGCAGUGAAGAUGUUGAAGAAGAAUCCGUAGGUGUAAGAAAAGCAGCGCCUGCUCGAGGAGGUACAACUUCGAAAAGAGGUCGAGCAGCAGAAGUGCAUAAUUUAUCUGAAAGGAGGCGAAGAGAUAGGAUUAAUGAAAAGAUGCGUGCGUUGCAAGAACUCAUACCCAACUGCAACAAGGUGGACAAAGCUUCAAUGCUUGACGAAGCAAUCGAGUAUUUGAAGACACUUCAACUUCAAGUACAGAUUAUGUCUAUGGGAACUGGGUUGUACAUGCCGCCGAUGAUGUUACCAACAGGAAUGCAACAUGUACACGCAGCUCAAAUGGCAUGUUUCUCACCCAUGGCUGUUGGAAUGGGAAUGAGGAUGGGUAUUGGGAUGGGUAUGCUCGACAUGAAUGGUGGAUCUCCCGCAUGCUCUAUGAUUCAGGUCCCCCCUACGCAAGGGACACUUUUCUCUACCCCACGCCCCCCACCCUAUUCAGGGCCCACUAAUUCCCAAGGGAUGGCCGGAUCUAACCUUCACAUUUUUGGGCAUCCUAGUCAAGGAUUUUCCAUGUCAGCACCACGUCGACAGUUGGCGCCUUUGUCAGGAGGGCCUCGGCCUCCUAUAAAUUCAGCCAUGGGAGUGAAUGCCAAUGUGGAAGGUCCUAACUCAGCUCCCUUGGCAAACUCGAAGGACUUGAUACAGAACACGAACUCACAAAUGAUGCACAAUGCUGAUGCCAGUAGCUGAAUGAACCAGAAGUCUAGCCAGUGUUAGGCAGCAAAUGAGGAUUUCAUACUCCAGAUGUUGGCAGCGGUGAAGACAACUAUUCCUAGUAGACUAGUUUGUUGUGAAGGGAAUCCAGUCAUCAGAGAAGUGGAAUCAUUUUGCAGUCUGUUGCAUUUGAACAUGCUGUUUGUCUGGACAAUAGAGUUCAGUUACUGAGGAAAAUGAUUGUGAAAGUUUCAGAAUGAGGUGGGACUUUGCAAUAAUCAUCUGAAUUUCUAGUUGGACUGUAAACUUCCUAGUUUCCGCGGAUUUUGGUAUGUUGAAGAGACUUGUAAUCUAUCUUGUUUAUGAGUACAUUGACACACAUAACUCAUGGAUUUGGUGCUAUCAAAAGAAUUGAAGUUCCUAGUAAAUGUAUUUAGAACUGUGUUGUAGACAUUUGUUUAACCAGUCUUUCAAUUAAUAAAAAUAGCGAACUCCCAAUACAUGUUUUGGCAAUUA